AUGGCAUGUACAGGCCAACUGAAACUUGAUGUCGUGACUAUCGAGGAUAGUCCCGCUCUGAUGGACCUAUGGUUCGCAGCUUUCUCAGACCCCAAAUCACGACAACUCUUCCCAGAUACGCCCGGCAUGAGAAAGUGGCUUCAACAUGCCAUCCACAACGAUCUACUUGGCGGACCACUCCAACGUUAUCUUAAGGUAAUAGACCCGGAACUGAAAGACGCCAACGACCGACCUCGAAUAGCAGCCUAUGCAAAAUUGGAUUCCCUAACGCCCGAAGAACGUGGACCACGCUAUCCACAGUGGCAUGAUGAUAUGCCUAAGCAAAUCUGUGAAGAGUUUGUGAACAGAGGCGACAAUAAUAGAAAGCGGGUUAUGGGAAAUCGGAGACACAUCUUUUUGGAUAUGGUCGCUACGCAUCCAGAUUAUCGGCGACAGGGAGCUGCUUCUAUGCUCGUUCAACGGGGUUGUGAUAUUGCCGAUGCUGAGGGUGUUGAGAUGUAUGUCAGUGCUAGCAAGGAUGGAGCAUCGUUGUAUGCAAAGUUCGGAUUUGUGGAUUAUAGCAUUUUAGGGCAAGAGACUGUCUCGAUGGUUCGACAUGUGCGAUGUGUCGACUAG